GAGCAGUUUACCGCUAUGUUCAGAAGGAAAGCUUUCUUACAUUGGUACACGGGUGAGGGCAUGGAUGAGAUGGAAUUCACUGAAGCUGAGUCGAACAUGAAUGAUCUGGUAAGCGAAUAUCAGCAAUACCAAGAUGCAACGGCAGAAGAGGAGGGUGAAUUUGAAGAAGAGGAGGAAGCUUAA